AUGUCAUCUGCUACAAAUGUAGAUGAAAAACUUUCGUUAUGUGAUUUUAUUGUUCCUGUCUCUUAUACACGUCUACUUCUCAUCUAUGAUUAUGUUAUUCAUGAUCUUGAGAAGCCAUUAUUAAAAUUUCUUUAUAAUUAUUGCCCAAGUGCUUUCAAACGAAUUUCUGAUAAUAAAUUGAUAGAUUCAACCGAUCAUCCAACAAUUUAUACACAUGCAAUCGAUCGAAAUACGUCAUUAUCUUCAUUAGAUAUCGAACAUACUGAUAUUUUUCCGUAUGGAAGAAUACCUGACAAAGAAUCACCUCUCUUUUUUCUUCAUCAAUUGACUUUGAAAGAUGGAACGAUUUUAGCUAUUGGUAUUCAUCAUCGUCUUACUGAUGGUCAUGGAUUUAUUAAUCUAAUAUAUCGAUUUUCGGUUUGGAUGUCUGGCGAACAAAUACCACUCUUAUUUGAACAUAAUCGUUCGUUGAUUAAAAAGAAAACAGCACCUACAAUUUUAUAUCAACAUCGAGAAUAUUAUUCGGAAGAUUCUUUACUUCUACCAUCAAUUUAUUGUCCACAUGUAGAAACAGAUGUUAUCGUUAGACAUUACAAGAAACAAGAUUUAUUUAAUAUGUUAAAUAUAACAAGUAAACAUGUAUCAUUCAACGAUGUUCUGGUAGCUUGGUUAACAAAGAUUAUUAGUUCUGUUCGUCAUGUACCUAGUAAAACUAUCGUCAAAGUGGGCAUGCCGACUAAUGGAAGAAAUAUAUUGGGACUUGAUGAGAAUUAUUUUGGUAAUUGUGUCUUUUAUAUAUAUAUUCCAUUUCUAAUGACUGAUCUUGAAUCAUCUUCGGUCGACGAACUAUCUGAACGAGUACAUGAAGAAAGAAAAAAAUGUAUGACAAAAGCAUACAUUGAAUCAGCUUUGGCUUAUAUUAAAUGCAAUACAACAAAAUCUCAUAGUAGUAUUUAUCCAAUUUUUAAUAGGUUUGGUGAAUAUGAUAUUGCCUUUAGUAAUUGGUCUCGAUUUCCUAUGUAUCAGAUUGAUUUUGGUCAUGGUCCACCGAAACGUGUAUUUCUUCCACCAGGCAAAAGAAGAAAUGGAAUGAUCAACAUUCUACCUAGCAUUGAUGGAGACAAUGAAGUUGAACUAUAUAUUAGACUUAAUCAGAUUCAUGUAAAAGAAUUAUUAAAAAUCUUAAAGUAA